CAGGGGUAUAGUCUUACAGAAACAAGAAAACAAUGAGUGGAAACCCGUUUCUUACAUAUCACGCGCACUUACAUAUACAGAAUCUAGAUAUAGUCAAAUUGAAAAAGAAUGCUUGGCAUUCACGUGGGCUUGCGAGAGAUCGAGUGAUUAUAUUUUAGGAAAAUCAUUCUCAGGAGAAACUGAUCACAAACCAUUAGUGCCAUUACUGACCACCCAUACCCUAGACCAAGUACCACCACGAAUCCAAAGGUUCAGAAUGGGAUUAAUGAGGUUCAACUUAGAGAAAAUGACGCAUGUACCUGGUAAACAAAUGUACACUAGUGAUGCCCUAUCGAGAUUGUUAAAACCAUUCACCAAACCAGAUUGUUGUACCGUGCCAGACGACGAAAUGAAUGCGUUUGUUGAAACUGUGAUUGACUCGUUGCCUGCCUCAGAUAAGAAACUGAAAGAAAUUAUCGAAGCUCAUGAAGAGGACGAAGUGUGCAAGAAAGUUAAGCAAUCCUGUCUGGAAGGAUGGCCUGACAAACAUAUGGUUCCAGAUGCUGUGAAGUCAUAUUGGAGAGAAAGAGGAGAACUUAUGGUAGUCCAAGGCUUGAUCCAAUAUUGA